GAGCAGCAGUGUGUGAAUGUGGCACCCGAGGUAGACAGGGAGGGGUAGAUAGACUGACCACACCGGGCUUUUUGUCUUUUUUCUUUAUUUUUCUUUUCUUGCAGGGCCUAGUGUUUACACUUUACAUCCCGCCGCGGUUGUAAACUUGUUUCUGGGGCACAAAACCGGGCCGCUGCUGCUUUUCUCCGGGACUAACGGCUGUCGUUGUGAAAACAGUCCAGAAGAAAGAAGGAGAGGGAGAAACAACAUGGGGCGAUAAUAAAAAAAAAAAAAAAAAGGUGUUGUGUUGUGAGCCGACGAUGACUCUCUGGGAGGACCCGUGAAGCUUAUUUAUUUUUAUUUAUUCCCCCCUCUUCCCUUUCCCUUGUGCCCUCGUUUGUUUUAUUUUUAAAAUCUCUCCUCCCCCUGCUAGUUUGGGAGACAGUUUUUUUUUUAAGGAAAAGCCACCGGGAUACGUUACAAGAGGACUGAAGGAUGGACCAAGCCGGCAUCCUGAGAAAGUUUAUCCAGGGGGUGAAGACCAUGAGCGAGGGGGACGAGGAGAGGGGAGAGGACAACUUCGGCAGCGACUUUAUGCGGUUACGGCGGUUAUCAACCAAGUACCGGACAGAGAAGAUCUACCCCACCAACGUAGGCGAGAGGGAGGAGAAUGUCAAGAAGAACAGAUAUAAAGAUAUACUGCCAUUUGACCACAGUAGGGUGAAGCUGGCAUUAAAAACAACCAAUCAGGACACAGAUUACAUCAAUGCUAACUUCAUCAAGGGUAUGGAUGGCCCAGAGGCCUACAUUGCAACUCAGGGCCCACUGCCAAACACUGUCAUCGACUUCUGGAGGAUGAACUGGGAGUACAAUGUAGCUGUUAUUGUAAUGGCCUGUCGAGAGUUUGAGAUGGGAAGGAAAAAGUGUGAGCGGUAUUUCCCGCUGCUCAGGGAGGAGCCCAUGAGUUUUGGCCCUUUUCGAAUCUCCUGUGAAUCAGAACAGACCAGAACAGACUACUAUAUCAGGACGUUGGUGGUGCAGCAUGAAAAUGAAACUCGGAGGAUAACUCAAUUCCAUUAUAUCAACUGGCCGGAUCACGACGUCCCGUCAUCAUUCGACUCCAUACUGGACAUGAUCGGACUAAUGCGAGAAUACCAGGAGAAUGACGAUGUCCCUAUCUGUGUGCACUGCAGUGCAGGCUGUGGGAGGACGGGUGCUAUCUGUGCUAUCGACUACACAUGGAACCUCCUCAAAGCUGGGAAAAUACCAGAAGAUUUUAAUGUUUUCCGGUUGAUCCAAGAGAUGAGGACACAACGGCACUCUGCAGUUCAAACAAAGGAGCAGUAUGAGUUAGUUCACAGAGCAAUCGCUCAGCUUUUUCAAAAACAACUGCAGCUACUGGAGAGUCCCACCAACACGCAGAUACACGAUGGCAUGGAUGAAAGCAGUCCAGACAAAGCAAGCCACCAGUCAGAUGAUGAGAGAUGGGACACUCCACCUCCAAAACCUCCUCGCAUACGCAGUUCCCAGGCAGAAGGUGACGUUAAGGAGGAGAUUCUCCAGCCCCCGGAGCCUCACCCCGUACCCCCCAUUCUGACCCCGUCUCCCCCCUCAGCCUUCCCCACCGUCACCAACGUACGGCAGGACAACGACCGCUACCACCCCAAACCUGUCAUACACGUCCUGGCUACAGCGCAGCAAAACGUGACACAGAAUAAAGACGCAGACAAGCAGCAGGACCAGUCAGAACCAAGUCCAAACAAGCAGACCAGUCCCUCAGAGCAGAAAGAUCCAGACCUGCUAAGCCGCAAACAGCAGACUCAUGUCUCCAAUCUAGAUCUCAAUGACAACUACAACAACAAAUUGUCUUCAACAUCGACAAAAUCCGAAUCAGGCCAAAGCCAAACUCCCUCCUCGCCCCUCUCCCCUGCCGUUGAAUGUUCUGGCGCUCCUCGGAUUGAGAGGAAGCUCAGCAUCGAGAUUAAAAAGGUGCCGUUGCAGGAAGGACCUCGUAGCUUUGACACCUCCUCCUCCAUGGGAGUGGCGAGCGGCACCAGUUCAAGCAAUAGCAGCUGCGUGCUGCAAAGAGGCCACGCCUUCAAAGCUCGCUCCGGCCAGUCCCUGCUGACGUCCAGCUCCUCGCUGUCGGAGGACUCGGGCACGGAGGGAGGAGCGGGCGGAUGCGGGGAGAGCCAUGUGGACGGAGGCGUCCUGACCAGACCGAACCACCUCCCCGUGAAGAGCAGCGAGAAGAGCGACGCUCAGGGAGGAGACGCGAAAGCUGGCCAUGCGUCCUGGACUCAGCCCUGCAACAGCCCCGAGAAACUGUUCCCCAAGACCUCGUCCUCUUCCUCCUCCUCGGACCGCGUUGCUCCAUCCUCCUCCUCCUCCUCCCACCUCUCCUCCUCCUCUUCCUCCUCCUCCUCCACCCCCGUUAGGACUGCCCUGAGCUUCACCAACCCCCUGCACUCGGAUAACUCGGACGAGGAGGGGAACGGAGAGAUGUCUGGAGGGAAGGAGGGUUAUCGUACAAGUGUCUCCACGGCAACGGCCAUGGUAACCGCAUCCUCUCACCAAGGAGACCAGCAGCCGGUCAGGAAGGUGCUGCCCAUGUCAAUCGCGGGGCAGAGCACACCGUCACCCUCUGCAACCCCAGCAAACUGCUGGGACAGCGACGACUCCCCUCCCCCCCUCCCCGAGAGAACCCCCGAGUCCUUCAUACUGGCCACAGACCCUUUGGAAAUGAAAAUGUCAGCCUCGGCUGAAUGGAGCAGCUCGCAUAAAGACGUGUCAGAUUGUGUCAACAAGACGUCUCCAGCUGACCCUGCAUCUACUGGCACCACGGCAACAGACAGCAAGGCAGAGCUCGGUGGGGUUCGGUAACCGCUGCAUUCAGCCCAAAGGCCCUCGAGAACCCCCCCUGGAGUGGACAUGAUGGAACAAUCCGUCUUCCCGUCCACCAACACAGUCCUCCCUUGUCAGGAAAUGGACUCUACCGAUCUCACCUGGCUGGUCCAAAAACCAAGUUGAUAGAUGCUCCGCAGACAAAACAGCACAUUUUUACACAGAAACGUCUUCUGUGUGACUCUGUGCCUCUUCAGCCUGAUCCACUCUUCCUCCUCCUUCAAAGUGCCACUGUGCAAAGCAGAGCGGUCGAGAGACUUGUCCAUUUUAGAACAAAGCUCACGUUUUCCUCCUCAGCUUGCUGAUGUUAGAGGGUUUCUCUAGACGCUGACCGUGCUUCAGUCUGGUUGUUUCCGUGUUAAUGGUUAAAGCAUAAUUCCUGCUUUUUUUUUUUCUUAGUUUUGGCGACUUAAGAGUGGACUAAGAAAGGAUCUUGUUUUCUCCCUGAGACUUAAUGAAAAUGUGUCCUUUCUUAGGCUAAAUGAAGAGGAGUGACUCUUAAUUAAAAAAAAAAAAAUAAAAGUGUUCAGGAUGAGCACUUUGUUUCAUGCCAAAUGUAACUUAAAAUAAAAAGAAAAAAAACAUCAGGAAUUAUCUUUAAUCAGAAAAGCUACUGUGGGAGGCGGAUCUCUGAGAUUUAACUCCCAGAAGUUGUCUGCUGCCUCCUACUGAAUGAACAACAAUCUUCAAAGCGAACUUAGAUAAUCUGUCACCCAUGAUGCAACCUUUUCUGUUGGGUAUGUACAGGUUGCCAGGGUGCUCUCUCUCUUCUCUCUCUCUCUCUCUCUUUCUGUCUCUUUAUAAUCUCUCUUUCUAUGUGCUGGUGCUACAUUACAAAAGGAUCAGCAUAGAAACAGAAGCGCUAGAGCUGACUGUUACCAACAUUCACCUGUUUCUCACCUCCGUCGUGGUUUCCUGUAGGAUUUACUCCUGUGUUAGCUGAAGUAAUACCAGCUCUAGUAUUUGAUAUUUCUAUGCUCUUUUGCCAGAGUCAUAGGCUAACACAGUUUGGUCAUUGCAAUAAACAGGCUCAUUCACUUUCUUGCAGAGAGUUAGAUUCAACUCUGUGUGUUUUAAUAGUAAACAUGUAGCUGGAGCCAGUAGCUUAAUUGACACUGGAUUUUCCGGUUUUCGUGCUAAGCUAAGCUAACAGGCUGCUUCGUGUUUACUGUACAGACAUCAGAGUGUUGUCAUUCAAGUCUCAGCAAGACGCAAAAGAAGUGCGUUGUGAUUGUUUGAGCUAAAUAUCUGCUCAUUCUGUGGCAGUGGACGGUAAUGUUGACACCUUAGCUGAAAGCUGAGGAGGUGAAGGAUGAGACCAAAGUGUUCCCUCAAAAAGAAGUUAGUUUGGAACUUGUUAAGAGGCUCAAACAAAACAAGCAAGUAAGAAAUCACAAGAGGUGUCAUUUGUGUAGCGGAAAUGUUCUGAUUAGUGUCCUCUGAAAACCCUCCAAAGUUUCUGCAAUUUCCAAUCCUUAGUGGAAUCCCAUUAGAGGUGAGACGACAUGAAACACACCAGUAAUGACCAAACUGGUCAGCUCUGUGACUCUGACUGUCACUGCUGCGACCAUGAGCCUGCCUUAGUCCGCCUCUCAGAGAAGACAGCCAACGACAACCCUCCUUUUAUUUGUCUUCUCCUUCCACUUCUUUUCUCUCUUUGUGUCUCUGGCUUCUCUUGGUCUUUACUUCAGACUCCCUUUUUGCUGUUUGUGUCGCUGUUGUUGUCCUCUUUUCUUUCCGUUCUCCUCUUUUGUUGGUGAGGCCCUCAGAUGAACGACCGUGAAAGUUUUUAAUUUCAGCAGCUCGCGACUGACCUCAGUGUUUCGGAGUAUGAAUGUUACCCAUGACCUGAAACACUUGAAACCUGAAACCUGGGACUUGGCACGUUGAUAUUGAACCUCCACCGCUCCUCUGAAAACCGGACUUGUUUUUGGUUUCUCGUCUGACGGCUUGCUGUUCUCCACCUACUUCUGACACAAUGAUCCAGUAAGACAACAGCAGCAGCGUAGGGACCCAGGACUACUGUUUUCUCCUUAUCCUUAACUUCUCCUUCAUUAGCUACCAUAACUAUACAGUAUAUGCAUUGUUUUAUAAAGAUAAAGAACUGUACAGGGCAGUUUAGGUAUAUAAUAUUUCAGAUUUUUUUUUUUUGUUGUUUUUUCGCGCUAUCUCUUAAAUGUUCCUAUUAACAGAAGAUGUAAGAAAGUCAGUGCAUGAUGAUGAUGAUGAUGAUGAUGAUGAUUCCUCCACCCUACACAAUGUUUUUCCUUCAAACUGUAAAUUAUUCUGCUACCCUUUUGUUUUUGCUUCCAGCAAAUAUUUCAGGGUUGUUUUAUUUUUUAUGUUAUAUGCUAAACAGAUUGAGAAUUUUAAAAAAAACACAACGUUGUUUUAAUUGGUUGGCAGAGGAAAAGCGUAGACUGCCAGCCGGCCCCCUUUCAGAUAGCUACAACGGGCUCUGAAUAAGAUUGUAAUAAUAAUAUUAAUGAUGAUGAUAAUAAUAAUAAUAAUAAUGGUCGUUUUUUGUAAAUGGUAUUUUAAAAGUUAUUUUUGUAUACGCGGUUGUUUGUUGCGUCACAAGUCCACUGCCCAACCCCUACCCCCCACCUCCCAACCCUGAACCCUCUUUUCACAAACACUUUUUCAUUUUCUCUAAUCCUUUUAAAUGGUUUUCGGGGGUUUAUUCUCCAACUUUUCUUUUGCUCUUUCAGUGACAAACAUGCAACUGAGAUGGAGCAUUUCAUUCUUUUUCUCUCACAUCCUUAACUUGCUGCUUUCCUUCUUUCCCACUCUUGUUUUUGCCUUUUCAAAAGUCUGCCAUUUCCAACACAUCUACUUGCCAACACUACCUUUAGUGAAGCAUCUCCAACCUGUUGUUGGUCCAAAGUAGCAAAACAAGAGGCAGUCUUUUUGAACUUUUUCAUCCAUUUCGCCUCCGUUUCUUUGCCCCACCUUGUACCUCUAUCCUCCCCCAUCCGCCCACCUACCUCCCCGCCCCCACACUCACACUAGCCUCGAUCUCAGAAAAGAGCCCACCUGUGCCUUUAAGAGAGAGCCCGCCCUCCCCCUCCCCCUGCCCUCCAAUCAUCAUUAGUGGCAUGAGCGUGAGCGACGUGAUUCGCUGCUGCUUGCUCAUCACCUCCUGUGGGACUCUCAUUCAGCCACGCCCCCUUCCCGCCCCGCCCUCCUGUCACACAUAAACAUAAACACACAUGCACACACACACACGAUGUUUGUAUGUUGCAGAAAUCAAUCAGUAAAAAUGAACAUUAAGUAAA